AUGAAUAUAUUAAAAUUUUUAAAAAAUACAAAAUUUCAAUUAGAUAAAAUUAAUAUAAGUUUUCUUUUUUUUCAGAAUAUACUUCUUUUUAAUUUACCAUUUAAAAAUAUUGAAGUAAGAAAUAUAAUUUUUGAAUUUGAUUUUAUAAAACGAAUAUUUAGCUUUUUUAACAAAAAAGAAAAAAAAAGAAAAAAAAAGAGAAUAUGCUUUGAUAAAUUAAAAGUAUCAUUUGAUUUUGAAGAUCUUGAAAAGUACAACUCUUAUUAUAAUUUUUACUUUAAGUUAAAAAAACCAAAUAUUUUUAAGGGAAUAUUUUCCAAUAUAUGUUUUAAAGUGUUUAUUUUGUUUUUAAAAAUACUUUUAAAAUUUUAUUUUAUAAGAAUAAAAAAAAUUUAUAUAAAAAUAUAUUAUAAUCAUAAACAUAGACACAAUAAAUAUUGUGAUAAUAAAAAAAAUAUUUGCAAUGGAAAAAGUAAAUAUCAUCUUUUAUUUUAUGACAUUUAUAUUUUAUAUAAUAAAAUAAAAAUAGAGAAAGAUAAGAUUAGAGAAAAUAAUGAUACCAUAAAGGAAAUAGAAAGAGAAAAGCAAGUAGUUAGCGUUAAUAAUAAUAUUAAUAAUAAUAAUGAUAAAUUUAGUUACAUUUUUUCAUGUGAAAAAAUUGUUUUUAAUAAAGAAAAUAACAGAAGUAGUUUAAUUUUGAUUAAAAAUUCUUUUUUUUUUAUUGAGGAAAAAAAGAUAUUUUUUCCUAUUUUUUAUAUUAAAAUAAAAACAUGUGAGUUUAAAGAAAUUUUAUUUUUAAUAAGUAAUAUAAAAAAAAAUGGUUUCAUAAAUGAUCUAAUAGAAGUCAUUAAAAAAGAAGAUUUAAAGAAUUUAAUUUGUCAUUAUAAAAGCAAUAAUAAUUGUAAUUUUUUGUUAAUAAAUUUCCUCAUUUGUUUUAACAAUUUAUUUAUUGAUAUUCAUUUAAAAAAUAAAAUAUGUAAGAAUAAAAUAAAAAAUGCAUAUUUUAAAAGUAUAAAAAAUAAACAAGGAUGUAAUGAUUUCAAAUUCUUUUUUAAAUCUUUUUUUUCUUAUACUCAAAAGAAUUUAAUUUUAGUCAGUGAAAGAAAGAACUCGUCAGAAAAAAAGAUAUCAUUAAAGAAUUCUUUAAUUAAAAAUAAGAACAAAUAUAAUUUAAAAAAAUUGGAUAUGGUAUAUAAUAAAUUUAAGUUAAUAAAAAAAAAAAAAAAUUUCGUUUUUAAAAAAUUAUAUAAUAAAUAUCACUUUAAUUUAAGUAAUUUAUGUUUAAUUUUCGAAAUAAUAGAAUUUUUAUAUAUUUAUCAUAUACUAGAAGAUGAAUUUCAAUUAUAUUGGUGUAAUGAAAAUAUAAAAGAAGAAAAAUUAUGUUUAAGUUAUACUGUAAAUAGUAUCAAUGAUAUUUAUUUUGUAUGCAUUCAGAAUAGCGCCAUAUACUUAAAUAAAAAUAUAAACAAAUUCAUUUUAUUAUAUGAAAAUCCAGUAUUAAGAAAAUAUGAAGAAGAAUUAUUCUAUGAUACUUGUCUACAUGAUAAAGGAGAAAUAAUAAAAAUAGAAAUAAAAAAUAUAUGCAAUUAUAAAGAGAAAAAAGAAUUCUUUGCAAAUUUUAAUAAUAACAAUGAAAUGCAGCAUGAUAGUAAAAAGGAAAAUUCUGUAUUUCUUUCUUAUGAAGAGAGAUUUUUAUUCUCAUUAAAUGAAAAAUCCUGCUAUUUUUUUCUCAAUGAUAUUACAUUUAAAAGUACUUAUUAUGAUAAUAAUAUCUUAUAUGAAUAUAUACUAAAUGAUAAAACAAAUAUCAUUUUAAAAAAGGGAAAAGAAAAAAAUCUAUUAACAAUUUACUUAAAUAAUUUUAUUUGUAAUUUGUCAGCUUUACAUAUAAAUUUUUUUUUUUAUAUUUACUCCGUUUACUGUUUUAAUAUAAAAAAAAGAUUAUACUACAUCAGAAAUCCUUUAAGAAAAAAAAAUAAAAAAGUAAAAAAUACCAAUUUAAACAAUUCAUUUUUUUUUUUAAGUUUGAUUGUUAGUAAUUGUUCACUAAGGUUGUUUUGUAUAUCUUAUAAUUUUUAUAUAGAUAACAAUAACGUACAUAUAUUAAAGAAAGAAAAAGAAAAGUUAACAUAUAUAUUAUUUACAUUUGAUUUGAAAUAUAUUUUAAAAAUUAAUGAAGAAACAAAAAAAUUAAAUAAAGCUAAUAUGAUUUACCUGAAUUAUUUUUAUUUUAAUAAUGUAAAAAUUCAAAUGAAAGAAUGUACCAAUAUAUUAAGGAAUUUAUGUAUUUUUAAGAAGAAAAAAAGAAUAAGUAAUAACAAAAAGGAUAAUAUCAUUAAUAAUUAUGAUUUUUCUAUCAAAAUUAAAGAUAAGAAAAUUUAUGUGGAUAUAUUAAAUAAAGCAAAAAUAAUAUUUUUAAAUUUUGUCAUAUAUCAAAUUUAUUUAGCUAUUAGGAGAAUUAUUUACUUAUAUAACAUAAAUGUAAAAAGUAAAAAUGUAAUAAAAAAAUUUAAAAAAGAGAAAAAAAAAAUUAAAAGGAAUGUGUAUAACUUUUUAUUAAAAAAAAUGAAAUAUGAGAAUAAUAGUCACAAAAGCAGAAAUGAUUUUCAUUAUUUAAAUAAUUUUUUUACUGAUUUUUAUAUAAAUAAAACUGAUGAAAAGUAUUUAACCAAGGAAUACUUUUAUUUGAAACAUUUUAAUAAGAAUAAUUUUAAAUAUAAAUUAAAAUCUGUUUAUAACAAUGAUUCGAUGUUAAAAUAUUUAAUUCAGAUUAAGUUAAAAUGUAAAGUGACAUUUAUAUCAUUUGAUUCUUUUUUAAAUUUGAAUUAUUUAAGAAAAAUGGAAAAUGAACAAUUGCUAAAAAAUCAGUUUAACGUAAAUUUAAAUGGCAAUAUAUGCUUAUUUUAUUUUGAUAUAUUAAAUAAAAACAAUAUAGAAUGUAAUAGAUUUAUAAAAUUAUACAUAAAUUUUUAUAAAUUAAAAUUAAACAAGAUUACGAAUUUUAAUAAAACAUAUACUAUUUUAUAUUUUAAAAAUACCAAAGAAUAUAAAGAAUAUGAUGUUUUUCAUAGAAAUUUUAAAAAAAAUUUUAUAAAAAGAAAAAUUAAUCAUAAUACAAGUAAUGAAACCAAAGAUUACUGUAUUUUAGUGUCAACUAUUAGUAACUUGGAUUUUACAUAUGAAAUAAAUAAUUUUUACUUUAAGAAUAGACACAAUUUUUGUUUAGAAAACUUAGAAAAAAAUAAGCGUUUAAUGAAUGAAAUAAAAAAUUUUAAUAACAAAAUAAGUAAUGUUAAGAAGUUUAAUACGAAAACAAAAAUAUACGGAAAUAACUUAUCUUUAAUAUUUAAAACAAACGACUUUUUCCAUUUUUUGAAUAAAUAUUUGUUCAUUGACUUUUUUAAUUUAUUUUCAUUAAAGAAUUUUUGUGAAACAAGCAUUUUCAACAAUGAGGAUAUUUUUUACUUUGAAGAAAAAGAAUUACACAAUAAAUUUUCAUUUAGGAAUUUUAUGAUUUUAAAAAAUCAAGUAAAAAAUUAUGUAAAUAAAAAUGAAUUAUUAAAAAUUAAAUUAUUCCAGGAUAAUUUAAUUAACAAUAAAUAUAAUUUAAAUAAUUUCUAUAAAAUUAAAAAAUGUAAUAUGAAAAAUAUUUUAGUAAGUUUAAAUAAAUAUAAUAUAACUUUUGACAAUGUAAUUUUAUUUUUACCUUCUAUUAUGGAUAAUAAAAAUUUCAUAAUAUCAAAGAAUAAUUUUUAUAUAAAAAAUAAAUUAAUAUUUAAAAGAAAUCAAGUAGAAAAAAGAAUUUUAUUAUAUGAUAAAAUUUAUGUUUAUUUUUUGAACAGUUUUUGCUAUUCGAAUGAAAAAAAUAGCAUAAUGAAAAAUGUAAAUAUUUUGAUAAAUUAUUAUAGAAAUGUUAUAUAUAAAAUAAAUCUAUUCUCAUUAUUUAUUUAUGUAUCAGGAAUAGUAUAUUUAUCACCAAUGAAAUUCAAGCUAUUUCAAGAUAUUCUUAUAGAAAAUAUAUUAAAUAAUAAUUUAGAAUAUUUUUAUAAAAAACUGUAUAAAAAUAAAACUGAGAAUAAAUUAUAUGAAUAUAAUAAUUUAACAGAUAAAAUCUAUUAUAAUAAUAGCAAAAGUAGUAAAAGGAAAAAUAAUGAUAAUAAAAUUUGUAAAAAUGCAAAUUGUAAUAACAGGAAUUUUUAUUUAAAUGAAAACAAAUUCCUAGUUACUAAAAAAGAAAGAAAAGAUUUAAAUAUUGUUUUAUAUUUUUUUAAUAUUCACAUAAAUUUAGAAAAUGAUCAUUUAAAAAAUGGAAUAAAUUACAUUUUUAGCAAAUAUACAUUUGUUAAAAUUAUAAAAUAUGUAAAAGAGCAUACUAUUUUAACAUAUAUAAAAGGAGUUAUUCCUGUUGUUCUAAAUUAUUUUUAUGAAUAUCCAUUUGAUGUAUUAUUAUACAAUAAAAAAAUAAAAAAAAAUAAUUACAUGAAAAUUCUGUCAAAUAUGAAUAAUAUAAAAAGUAUGUUAGAUUUUAAAAAAUUUGAUUUAUUUUUAAAAAAAAAAUUAUCUAGUUAUAAUAGUCUACAAAAAAAAAAAAAAAAAAAAAAAAUAUAUGAAAUUUUUUAUAAUAGAUUUAAAAAUAAUGAUUUUGCAUUCGAUAUAAUAAAUGACAUACAUAUAAAGGUUAAUAAAGUUUUUCUAAGUACUGAUAUUUUUGAAUUGCUUAAUUUAUACAUUUUUUUUUUUAUUGGAGAUAAAAAUUUAUUUAUUAAUCAAAUAGAAAAGUUGCUUAAAUUUGAAAGUUAUUUAAAACGUUUAUAUUACAAUUUAUAUAUAAACGAAAAAAAAAAAUUAUUUUCAAAAAAAAAUAAGACACAAAAGGUGGAUAAAUACAAGAGAAAAUACAUAAACAAUUUCAAUUUAAGAAAAAUGAAGAUUAAUGUAUUAAGAAAAGUACAAGAAAAAAAAAUAAAUGACUCGUUAAUAUAUAUGUAUAAAAGGAUGAUAAAAAACUUAAGCUCAUUUGAUUUCAAUAAUUAUAACUGUAUAAUAAAAACUAAUAAUAUAUAUAAAACUAUUAUAAAUGUUAAAUAUGUUAAUUUUAUGUUCAAUUUUUUAUUCUAUGAAAAUUUUUUGAGUACAAUAAAAAAAUUGUGUAAAAAUGAUAUUAAGAAAUAUAACAAAAACAUAUUCAGUUUAAUUUAUAAAGGAUCUUUACAUUUUUGUUUAUUCUUUAAUUUAAGAAAAAGUAUAUUUUUAAAUUUUGUUAAAAAUUCGAAAUAUAUAUUUUUUAAUAAUUUUAUUUUCGAUAACUAUUUAGAAAUGGAAAAUUUCUCAAAGAAAAAUAUGACAUAUUUAAAAAACAUUAUAUUAAAUAUAUUUAAGAAUAUCAAAGAAGAAUUAAGUGAAUUCAUUCAUUUUAAUUUCUCAUUAACAAAAAAAAAUAAUUUAUAUUUAUUGAAUAAUAACUCUUUUUAUUGUAUAAGUAAAAACAUAAAUAUGAGGAUAAUUAUGAAAAGUUAUAAACUUGUAUAUUUUCUUAACAAUAUAAAAAAUAUAAAACUUAAUGAUUUCUACCUUAAUGAUAUUUUGUUAAACAAUUUAACAGAUAAAAAUAAUUAUAUUAAACGAAAUGAUUAUAAUUACAAUAAUAAAGAUAAUAAACACAUUUAUGACUUGCAAUUAUUAAAUAAUAAAAGUGAAAAUGUAAAUAAAAGUAAUGACAUUUGGAAUUGGGAAUUUCGAGGAAAUAAUAUAACAAGAUUACUAAUAAAUAAUAAUAAUAAUAUAAAUAAUAAUUAUAUAAAUAAUAUAAAUGAUAAUAAUAGUUAUAAUAAGGAAAGUAAGUAUAAAUAUUUAGAACCUAAAUAUUUGAAUGUAACAUUAAAAUAUGUAAAUAUCGUAAUAAAAUUAAAAGACUUUUUAUAUUUAAUAAAUAAGUUAUAUGAAAUGAUUUAUUUUUUAAAUUAUUAUGAAGAAAUGAAUGUAUGCUUUUAUAAAAUUUGUGAAAGAAUAUUGAAAAAUAAAUACAUAUGUAAAAUAUGUAGAACAAAAGAAUUAAAUUAUUCUACAUGGAUAAUAAAUACUUUAAUUAGUAAUUUGCAUAUUCACAUAUACGAAAACAUAUAUCAUAAAUUAAAAAAAUUGGAAAAAAAAAAUAUAAUUUACUUAAAUAUUAAAGGGAUAUAUGAAUAUAUUUCAUGUAGUAAAAAAAAUUAUACUUUAGUAAAAAAGCAUGAUUUUAAUUUAACUUCUAAUAUAUUUUUUUCAAAAAAUAAUAUAUAUGAAGAAUUUGCUAAGAAUAUUCAAAUACAUUUUAUUUCCUUAAAAACUAAAGAGAAAACUAACUUUUUCUUAUUUCUUAAAAAUGAUUUAAAUAUAUUUCUAACAAAAAAUACAUUUAGAAAAAUUUUAUAUUUAUAUGAUGAAUUAAAAAAUAAAAAAAAUUAUAAAAUGAAUGAGAAGAAACAUGUAUGUAGGAUAUCAAAUUAUAAAAAAAAAAGGAUAAUUUAUAACAAGUAUAAAAAAUACUAUAGAAUGACAAAAUCAAAGAGAAUUAUAGAAAAUGAUAAAAACAAAAACCAUUUAUAUUACGAUAAAGUUUCAGAAAACUAUUCACUUCAUAAUAUUGACAAUUUAAUUUUAUCGUGUAAUGAAAAAUAUUAUGUUUUAAAUUAUACAGAAAAUAUGAGGAAGCAAAGAAAAAAAAGUUAUAUUGAAAAUAGAUAUUUUAAAUUAUCUCAUGAUGACUACGUAAUAAUAAAUUAUUUCAAAGAAAAGAUUUUUUCAUACGAAAGUAAAGAGAUAAAAAACAGAAAAACGCAAAAAGGGGAUCUUUUACAUAUGUUUUAUUUAAAAAAAGGAAAUACAAUUAUAUUUCCUUCAUUAGAAGAAAAUAUCACAAAAAAAAAUCAUUUAAUUAUGAUUAAAAAGAAUAAUUUUUAUAAUUUUAUUUCAAAUAUAUGCCUAUUUAAUAAUACAAAUUAUGAUAUGAUCUUUUUAUAUAAAAAUUAUAAAUGUUUCUUAUAUUCCAAAAAAAAUUCAUAUAUAAAAUCUUUUAAUAUGAAAAAUGAUAACUUCUGUAUACUUAUCUUUUACAACAAAAAAUUAUAUUUUUCUGAACAAGUAAAUCUGAAUUCAUUAAAAAAAGGAAAUUUUAAAAAUAAAGAAAAAAUUUUACAAAUUAUUCAAGAUAAAAAAAAUAACUUAAGUAAAAUGAAUAUUAUAAAUAAAAUUGAUAGUAUGUAUUGUGUAUUUAAUAAUUUAAUAUAUUUAAAAGAAAUUAAAAAUAUCAGAAAAUUUUUAUUUUUAGAGGUUGAGUAUAAUAACAAUGAUAAAAACUAUUUAAAUAAUUUUCAAUUUAAUAAAUAUAAUAUAUAUAAUAUUAUUGACAGAAAAUUUAUAAAACUAAUAUUAAAUGAAGAAUAUAUAAGUAAUAUUAAAAAUAAUGAUAGCCUUAUAUUAGAUUUAACUGCAAUUAAAAAUGAAAAUAGUUUAUAUAUACAUAUAGAUAACAAAAUGAAUUUAAAAAAUAAUUUACCUUUAAAAGUGCAUUAUAAAUGUGAACAUAAAUUAAAAGUUUUGAAUAGUUUUAAGCAAAAAAGUAUAUUAUGUGAUGACUUUGAUUUAAAUGUGAAAUUCAACAAAUUUCAAGGAAAUAAAUUAGAAAUAUAUGAAGAUAUAGGUAAUGAAAAAGAAAGAAGUAAUAAUAUAAAUAACGAAACUAAAAAUAGUCAUAAAAAGUUAUAUUACACUAAUGUUAUAAAAAAACCCAAUGAAAUUAUAAUAACAUGUUAUACAUUAAUUUAUCUUUAUAGUUAUAAUAUAAGAAAUAUUGAAUUGGACAGAAAGAAAAUAUAUUUUAAAAAUGAUUUAAUUAAUAAAGAGAUAAACAAAACAUUAUAUACAUAUUCUUUAAAAGAAAUGAAAAAAUUUAUUGGCUUUUAUAAUGGACCAUUUAAUAGUGUUGUUUUUGAAAAUAAUAAAAUAAACAAUAUUUCAAUAAAUAAUUGCAAAGAAGUAAAUAUAUGUGAAAAUAUAAAUAAUAAAUCUUACAUUUCUAGUUAUAUAUUAAAUUAUAUGAAAAAUAAUAAUAUUAAUAAUAAAAUAAAUUCAUUAUUAGUUAUUUAUCCACGGUAUAUAGUAAUAAAUAAAACAAAUUAUAAUUUAGUUAUGUUUGCUGCUAAUAGUGUAAAUUAUUUUUUUCAGAGGAAAUCUAGAAAUGUGAUUAAUUUAAUUGAAAAAAAUGAAAAUAAAUUUUUUUUUAAAAUAAAAAAUACUAAUAAUUUUAAUGAUUAUAUGCUUUUAAGUGGAUCAAUAGAUAUAGCAAAAGAAUCAUCAUAUAUUUGUUGCUUCACAAAAUUGUUUGAGUAUGAAAAAAGAAAAGAAAAAAAUAAUAAAGUUUAUAAAUUAAAAAAGUUAAGUAAAAAUAAAAAUAAAAAAAAAAAAAUUUUUAUUAAUUUAAAAAUUACCAUAUGCGAAGGUAUCAAGUUAAAAGGAGAUAUUACUUUCAACAAAUGCUUUUAUAUAUACAUAAGUGAAUACAGAACACCUAUCGAAAAAAAAAAAAAGUACAUUACAUACAUAAAUGAUAAUAUAUCAAAUUUUAUAGAAAACAACGAUAAUUCUAUUAUGAAUAUAAAUAAAUAUAUAGAAAAAGAAGAAGAAAUAAAAAAAAUUUAUAUUUAUAACAGUAUGAAUGCAAGUAUAAUAUUUGAUAUAUUUCAUUAUAGCGAGAUUAUUUAUUUAAUAAAAAAUUCAAUUAAUAAAAAUAAUGAAAAGGAAAGUUAUUUUAACAUGGAAAAAUUAUGCAAUGACAAUAAAAAUGAAAAAAUUAAUAACAAUAAAAAUAAAGAAAAUUUUUUUUUCAAUAUUUUCAAUAUAGAAAGUAGCGAAAACACCAGCUCAGUUGAAUUUCAUAACGAUAGUGAAAAUCCAAGCUGUGAUUCAAACAAAUUAUCAAAAUAUGAUUUAAAUUAUAUAAUAAAAAAUAAACAUCAUUUUCAAAAAUAUAUGAAAAAAAAUAAGAAAAAAUUUCGAUAUAUAAAAGAGAAUAGUAUAAAAUAUUUACCUUUGCGAAAAAAUAAAAACAUUAGAAAUUCCUUUUUUAUUAUAUAUCCUUAUAAAUAUUCAAAGAUAAGCGAAAUUAUUAAAUUUUCAUUAGAAAAAAAAAGAUAUAUAUUAAAAUACAAAAAAAAAAACAAAAUAACAUUCAUAGAAAUAUUUUUAAUUCAAAAGAAAAAUAAACUUCUUAUUAAAAUUUCACAAUAUGUUGACAAUAUAAUACAAAUUAGAGGUAAAGUAAACAUGAAUCUAUUAUUUAAGGAAAAAGUUGAUAUGAAAGAAUUUCAUAAUAAAAAAAAUAACAAUAUAAAAGAAGGGGAUGCUUUGAAGAAAAAAAAACACGAGAAAGAAACUUAUUUAAGAGAUGAUAAAAUAAGUAAAAAUGAAUACAUUAUUAAUGAAAGCGAUUCUUUUAAAAAAUAUAUUUUUCAUUCUAUUAUUAAAAGAAAAAAUAAUAAAAAGUUUAUAAUUUAUAAAAAUAAUAUUUACAACUAUAAUAAAAUAAUUGAUAAUUCUAUAUUGUUUAAUAUUCUUGAUUGUAAACAUAAUAAACAUUUCUGCAAAUUUAAUAAUGUCGCAAAAUUUUAUAGAAAAAAGUAUACAUAUAAAAUUAUUUCGAAUAUGUUGAAAUAUAAAAUGAAUGAAAAUAUAAUGAUAGAAAAAAAUUAUAAAGUAAAUAAUUCAUUAAAAAAAAAAUCAUACUAUCAACAUUUUGAAAAUAAAAAUGUUACAUUCAUUGAGAGUAUGAAUAAAUAUAAAUUUUUUUUCAGAUCAAAAACAGAAAAAUCCAUAAACAUUAAUUAUUAUUUUGAAAUGAAAAAUGAUAUAAAAAUAAAUUUCUUUUCUACCUAUUUGAUCGUCAAUAAUGAUAUAACUAAGCAAAAAGAAGUGGAAAUUAAUUAUAUGAGAGCAUUAGAUCAAAAAGAAAAACAUUUCAUAAAAGCAUAUAAUAGUAAUGAUAGAAAUCCAUUAAUAAAAAAGAAAAAAAAUUCUCAUAUAUGUACAUUUGUUUUACAUAAUACUAAUAUAUUAAUAACAAAAGAAAAUAAUAAAAAUAGCAUUUCAUUUCAUUUAGAGGAUUUUUCUAUCUUUGAUUUAUCAUCGUAUAAUAUUAAAAAAAUAUUUUUCAAAAAAAUAAUAGAUAAUAAUUUAUAUAAGCAAAGAAAUAAUGAAAUAUAUAAUAAUGAAAGUAAUACAAAUGAAAAUUUUAAUAUUAAUGAUAUAAUGAAUUUAGAAUUAAUCUAUGAAAAUUAUAAAAAUUUAGGAAAAAUAAAAAAAUUUGAACUUUCUUUAUCACAUAUAUGUGUAAAUUUAUCAUUAGAAAUUAUUGAAAAAUUCUAUUAUUGCUAUGAAAAAUUUUUUAAAAGAAAGAAAAUAAAAAAGAAUUACAAGAAGGAUCGUUUUCUUUUUGAAUCAAAUAAUAGUGUUUCUACUAGUCUAAGAGAAGGAAAAAAAGGGAAAAUAAAAAUUGAAAAUUUUAAGGUUUAUCCAUUGAAAAUAAAUUUAUUUUUUAUAAAAAGAAAUGAUUUAAGCAUAUAUAAAUACAAAGGAAAAAAAAAUUUUAUAUUUAAUGUGAAGCCUUCUUAUUUAAGUGAUAUAAAAGAUGCGGAAUUUUUUAUAAAUUCAUUGUACUUAAAAAAUAUAAAGGAAAAAGAUUUUACAAGCUUUACUAAUUUUGUUCUGAAUUUUUAUAUGAAAGAGUUAUAUAAGAAUUUGUUUUUUUAUUUAACCAAAAUGAAUUUAAUAAACAAAUAUCUCAAAAAUUAUUAUAACUUUUUUCAUUUAUUGAUGGACAAUAACUUAUUCAAUAUAGAUAUAUCGAGAAAUUUUAAAAAUAUAAAAAAUGAAAUAGAAAAGAAAGAAAGCUUUUAUAUAAGUCAAAAUAAUUCAAAUGAAGAGCAAUUGACUUUGAAAGAUUUAAAAGGUAUUGAACAUAAUAAUGGUAAUAGUAAAGAUAAAAAUAAAUAUUAUAAAAAAUCUAAUAGUAUAAUAAUAGAAAAUAACAUGAGCAAAAGAAAAGAAAAAUUCCAUCAAGGUUGGGAAAAUCUUAAUACAUUUAGUGAUUCAAACUUUUAUGUAAAACCAAAAAAAAAAAAAAAAAUUAAAAAUAUUAAUAAAAAACUUUUUUAUAUUCAUAAUGAUAAAAAAGUUUUUAUUUUUAAUGAAGAAGAUGAUAGUGAUUUACAUGAUUAUAACAUUAAUAGUAUUAAUAAUAAUUUUAUUCCAAAUAAUAAAAAUGAACAAAUAGAAAAGAAAGAAAAUUUAAGUAAUUUUAAUUUAUUUAAUAAUAGUCUUAGAACAUUAGGAAAAGAUAUCUUAUCUAGUAUCAAUUAUUAUUUAUAUGAUAAAAAUAAUCAAAAUUUGAUAGAUAAAAAGAAAGCAAACGCGAAAAAAGAGAAAAUAUAUAUUUUGCAAUACUUUUCAAAUAAUAUAAAAGGGGAACAUUGUAAUAGAAACAAUUCCUUGAAGGUUGAUACCAAAGAAAAAAAUGAAAAUUUUAUAACGUAUUUUUCCAUUUAUAAGAAAAAUAAAAUCGUAUAUGAUCAUUAUUCUUUUAAAAUUUUGAACUUGCUUGAUAAAUUGUUAACAAGGAAUUUAAUAAUUAGUAGCUACAUUUACGAUAAGAGAGAAAAUUUCAUAUUUUUAUUCUGCGAUGAAUAUUUUAUUAAAUUAAAUAGCAAAAAUAAGACUGUAAUGAAAAAAGAAAAUAUUGUUAAAGUUGAAAUCAGUUGUAUUUAUUUUAAUUUGAUAUUUGAUAAAGAAAAAAGUUUGAUAUUAAAUAUAAAAAAUAUAAUUAAAAAAAAUAAAAAUAAUUUUUUGUGUUUUUAUUUUGAUAUUCUUUUUAAAAAGAAUAAAAAAAGAUUGAUAAGUAAAAUCCAGAAAAAAUUAUUGAGAAUACUGUAUUUUUUAUAUCAUAUCUUUCAUUUCAUUUAUAAUUAUAAUAAAAAGGUAAAACAUUUAAAAAAAAAUGACUCUUUAAAAAAAAAGGAUUAUCCUUCUGUAACUAUUUUUGAAGAUCAUCAAAAAGAAUUUUUUUCAUUUUCAUCAAUAAAUCAUUUAAAUUUUUUUUACUUGCACAUUAAAAAUUUUCUUUUUAAUUUAUGCCAAUAA